UUUUAGUCAUUUGAGGAAACGCUUACGGUAAUGAAUCGCGAACUGUGACAAGAUAGUUUUCAUAACACCUCAGAGCCAGUCAGUCUUUUUAUUCACAUCAAAAGAUUCUCGCACAGAAGGAUUUGAUUUUCAAACUUGAUGGGAGUAAAAACUGUGUUGAGCUCGAUUUUUUUCCUUCCGGGAACCGAUAGUUUUUCGAAAAAUGGGACCGAUUAUCCCACAAAAUUCAGAGUAACGCUGUACGAUAGUUUAAAGAGGACAGUUAUGAUAAUGAAUCGAACGAUAAUGAAACGAACGUUCGGCGCUUGGAUGGCAACGAUUUUCAGUUCCUCGAUGAAUGGAGCAACGGCCUUCGCAUUGAAAUUCGCAGCUGAGAACGUCCAUACUCCAGUCGGGAAAGACGGAGAGGGGGCAUACACCGCCGCGACGAAGGGAUGCUUCGACGUCAUAGACAUGGCAACUCCCUUAGUGUUGCAAGAAAUAUCAGAACAGCAUAUUAAUCCUGAUAGGGCCUUCCACGUUGCAGACUAUGGAACAGCGGAUGCGGGUACAAGUUUGGGACUGCUGACCAAAGUCGUUCGAAGCGUAAGAAAACGAACAAGUGGGGACGACAAAAAAGAAGUUGUUAUCCACUACGAAGAUCAGCUCAACAAUGAAUGGAAGAGUGUCUUUAACCAUGCUUUGGGAAACAUCAAAGUUACUGACGCUUAUAACAACGAAAUCGAUACGCCUUUCAAUCUCGGAGGAGUCUUCGUUGAGGCCAAUGGUGUUGGCUUUCAUCAACAAUGCUAUGCUUCAGGAUCGAUUGAUUUGGGCGUGAGUUUCACCGCUAUGCAUUGGCUGAGUUCCUCUCCAUCGUCAUUAAAGGGAAGCAAAUAUAUGCAUGCUGCUCGGUGUCUCGAUGGACCUCCAGAGGCAGAGAAACUUCAGGCCGAAAGUGAUUGGUACAAAAUACUAACAGCACGUUCUAGAGAACUCUCCCCUGGUGGACGCUUUAUCUGCGUCAACUUUUGUGUCUCAAAAGAAGGAUAUUUUUUGGGACAGACCGAUGUUGGUUCGAGCAUGUGGGAUUCUUUUGCAUAUGCAUGGAACAAACUCGCGCAGGAUGGCAUAAUCAACGAGGACGAACAAUUGGGAGUUUCGUUUCCAAAUUAUUAUCGCACAACGGAAGAAUUUCUUGCUGGAAUUGAGCGGUGCCCAGACUUGAAAUUGGUUUCGGCAGAAGAGAAGAUUGUGAGAUGCCCAUACCGAGAGCAAUAUAUCGACAGCGACAGCAAAAUGUCCGCAGAAGACUAUGCGAAGACAUUUGUUCCAGUAAGUCAUUUCAAAAUGUCAUAUUGUAAGAUUUUUGUUUUUGUAAGCCAUAUACGUUAUCUUACGAUUUUCGUUUUGAAAAACAGACAACCCGAACUUGGUCCCACUCGACUUUUAAGACUGCACUGAGUGACAAGAGGUCCGACGAGGAAAAGGAAAAGAUUCUCGAACAGUUUUGGUCGAACUACGAAGAACUUGUGGCGCAAUCACCGGAAACACAUGGUAUGGACUAUGUUCACUCUUACCUCGUCAUCGAAAAAGUUUGAUCAUUGAUUCUCUGCGGUAAAAUGAAUGUUUUUUGCCUAAAAAUACAAAUAAACUAGGUGCAACAUAAAUAACUUUAUUCUAUUGCACUUCCUAUUUUUUGGUCAUAUGAAUCCCACAAAACACUAAUAUUUCACUGCAUUGGGCAUGGUAUUCAAAAACUUUGUUGCGAACGAAAGGGGUCUACGCUUGGCAACACAUCAAAAAGAUUGCGUUCUUCCUCAGUAGCUCCAACACAUGGACAAGUUGAUCUCCAGCACCACCGGCUUCGGCUGACUUCCUUUCCUUCAGUUAUGAUUGAUUUUAAGUUACGGAGCGCAGCCUCGCUGACAUUUCGGGGAUCUGGAAUGAUGAAGGGGAAAGCAGGGUAAUUGAUAAUCUCUGUCGUCAACUCAUCAUAGGCGGUACCGUAUAUUCGCAAUAGGUCGAAUUGUUUCAGAUGGUGUUUUUGCUGCUGGGACGAUUUUGCCGUAGGUGGAGGUCGAAGCAUGAGGUUCAUGCGAUCUGAAAGAUGGGAGGCCGCGGCCUCGAGUUUACAGGGAAUCAUGAAAGCACACGAAUCAGCUGCCUGUCCGUAUUUUUCCCCGAUCAGAGCUAUGUACUCAGCCGGAAUGGUUUCCGCUGCCGACAUAGUCAAUUGAAUAUCUUCCGAGAGACGCUUCAAAGCCACCGAACAAGCGUCGUGUAUGGAGCUCUUGACUCCAAGGUCAAGCUGUUUGCAGAGUGCUUGGCCAAAGACAGAAAGCAUCGACAGAACGCCCACAAAUAUGGAGGAAUAUAUAUGGAUUUCCUCGUUGGAAUUAAUAUCGGCCUCAAAGAUAAACACCACCAAGCCUGCUACGAGGGCAAACAAAAUUGAGGGCAAAAACAGGAGCCAAUUAUGAAUAGCUCGUAAGUGCUGAGCUGUCAGCCUAUGGAGAUGCCUCUCUUCCUCGAUGCUGACGAAAAGAUUUUUCAUCAUAUUUGACGGAUUUGCAGCCACCUUUUGGGUAGUAGCGAGGGUAUGUCGAAUUAUGUGGUGUUUACUUCCCCCUCCAUGUCGGCGAGAUCGAGCCGACAUUACACUCAUAGGAGGUUUUACACUUGCCCCUUCGGCCAUGUAGUCAUAAAGGAACUGGCGAUGCUCGUGUUCCUGGUUGUCGUCAGUUAUCACAGAGGAUAUCUCGUCGUCAAUGGCAGAUAUAAGAGGUGAUGGAAGUGAUGGCGGCCUUUCAGACUUACGAUGAUCGAGAUUAUCCUUCUCAGUUUUGUUUACUGUGUUUGCAGGUUGGAUGGGGGAGCGAGUUCCAAAACUAUUUUCGUUUGAUUUUUGGGCCGAUUUGGUUUUCUGUUCUUCGCCUUCGCCUUCGMCUUCUUGCUUGCGUUUUGGUAAAGAUCGAAAAACACUAUAUGGAUAGAUCUUUUCGACUCGAUUCUUGCAUCCAUUAUUGCUUGGAACCUUCUUUUUCUUGAGCGCGUUCCGAACGACAGCGUUUCGGACUGCUACGGUUGUGGUAUUAUUCAUGGCUGGGGUCUCAGAGCUCGAAUGAGAAAGAGCCAUGAGUCCAUCAUGAGAGCUCGAAAGCGUUUCUCGGGAACCUUCAUUGACAGUAUCUAGUGUAUCAAAUUGACCAUCGAAACUAUCGUUUACAAAGAUUUUGUCCCCUCGGCUGCUGUAGUUACUGCUACUACCCUUUUCACGACUCGGAAAUGCGCCGGAGUUUUCCCAUCGCGCCUCGUUGCUAGGCAUGUUGUUUUGUGCUAAAAUAAAGGAUGGCUUUCGACACCUGUAUAAGUUCUUAGUUUAUGGCACAACAACAUUCCGUACGAAUCCUGAGUGCACCUCCAUUUCUUUCAUUUGUUUCAAACUUGGUUGUCCAUCGAAUUAAAGAAUUUGUGAUAAAACUCAGUCUCGAUUACGGUCUCUUCAUGUGUGUUUUAUGUAAGUAUUUUGCUCUUGUUCAGAUUCUAUUAUUUUUAGCUUAGUAUUUUUAGUCGUAUGAUUCGGCUCGCUCUGAAUCCACAUGGAUAUUCAGUCGCGAAAGAAUUCGAACCAUGCCGUACCUUUGCAUGACACAACAUCAAGAACAUCAAAAAGAUAAUCAAGACAAUCAAGUUACUUUGUGUGAAAGUGAAGAUGAGUGUAGUAGUUUGUAGCAUCAUCAGCAGCAGUCGUUGCUGGUGUUAUGGGUAGAAACAAAGCAGUACAGUAGUACUUAGUAGGAGGAGGAGGAUUCAAUACCAAAACGAUGGUGGUAGUAUGACUGGCUAUUUUAUGGCGAAACAUGUUGUUCCCACAAUAUGUGUAACAGAGAUGUUAAGGGAGUAGUCAUAUACAACAAUUUUGUUGGGGUCCGACCUUCAAUACCCUCGAAGUAAUAGGAACGAGACUUCUGUAAAACGAGCAUAUGAUGAUUUGCCAUCGUCAUGGACAUUUCAAUGACCCAAUUGCAGUAUUAGCGCACUGAUUCUCCUGUGCUUUUGCUAAAGUAAGCCAACACCUCUCUGCACUUUUGACAGUCACGUUAAUUUUUACACUUCAAAAAGCAUUUCCUUUUGGCCAGCCAACAUGCCUUUGAGUACGAGGCUUGCUGCUUUCAAACUGCAGUAGCCUCUAGUCACUCUAUCAGUAGUUUUGGAAUUUGUCUGAAGCAUUGACUUGAAGACAAAAAUUGAAUCUUUGUGGUUUCAUGACAUGGCCAUUUUUGGAUGUUUGUGGUGCCUUUCAAUUUAACCAUAGCGAACCAUUCGAAUUUGAAUCGAAUAUUUCACAGCAGGAACGCUUUUCUUUCUCGUGACAUACCAUUGAUUGGUGUUGCUGGCAAUUUAUCGUGAUUGAUGAACGACGACGCAACUCUUCGAAUGGCACACUGCGAUGACGAUCGAUCAUUGCAGCUCUCGUGUCACUGCACCGACAUCUUUCGGGGCCGUUCCGCUUCAUUUCGCAGCGAAAAGUUUGAAACCAUUUUACUGGUACUCUUUUUUAUUUUUUCUAGAAUGAAGUAUUGCAAGCGAUGCGAAGUUUGAGUAUGUCCAAUUCUGCAUUAUGAAUGUGUUGGCAGCUCGUAAAAAAGAGGAGGGAGUUGUACGAUCAAUGUACCUACGAUAUAAAUCGAAAAUUGUCCUAUUGAGAUAAUACUUUUAAUCUGGAUUUUUCAUAACAUCAGUGAAUAGUUCUCUCUUCAAUCGUUUUGAUCAUUUGAUAGCAGAAGCAUAUAAAAUUGCGUUUCGAUA